GCCAGCAGCUCUCGUAGUAGCCUGGACCAUUUAAAAAAUUUAAGCAAUAUUAAUUAUUUUAAUUAAAAUCAAUUGAUAAAAUUAUUUUUAUUUAAAAAUGAAGUUCUACACAACUUGGCAUUUGUUGUCAAUAAUAUUACUGAUAAAUGUAUAUCACAUUAAAUCACAAUGUGGAUCAUCAUCUGAUAAUAAAUUAGUGCAGUAUAAAAUAUUAUUAAAAACAUAUUGGUCAAGAGAAAGAUUUCCAAAACAAUAUCCACAAUGGAGUCCUUCAGCUCAAUUUGGCAGACUCAUUGGUAAAACACAUGAUUCAUCAUAUUUUUUGUAUCACUUGGGUAAAAAUCUUCCCUCAGGAACAAUGGACUAUUUAAAAAAUGAAAAUUCAAAUGAUUUAAAUAUUGAUGGUGAAAUAUCAAGUGUACUUGAUACAUUUGGAGGAACAAAAUUAUUACGAGGAGAAGGAACAAGUAUAACACGUGCAUUUCUUGAUAGUAAUCAUACACUUAUUAGUAUUAUCAUGAGAAUUAAUCCAAGUCCUGAUUGGUUUAUUGGCAUUGAUUCAUUUUCUCUGUGUGUCAAAGGAAGAUGGAUUGAUACUGUUACUCUUGAAUUGGAUCCUUUGGAUGGCGGUAUUGAUAAUGGACUUACUUUUAAAUCAAAAAGUGGAACAACAAAUUUAAAAAACUUUGUAUACAGAAUAACAUCACGUUAUCCAGCUCAUCAUACAAGUAGUUUUUAUUAUCCAAAUUUACCACGAUUACCACCAAUUGCUACUCUAACUUUUCAAAAAUUGAAAGAGUAUACAUUAAAUGAUGCUUAUCAUCGACAAUCUAAACAUCAUCAAAAUCACAUGUACUUUGUCACCAAUGACAACAAAAUUAAUUACAGAUACUGGAUUGAUGAUGAUAAAGAUCUUAAAAAAUUAAAAAUUAUCAAAGAACAAAAAAAUAAAAAAAAUUCAAAAAAUAAUAAAAAACAUUAUCGUUUACAUUUACCAAGAGAUUGUGCAGUUAGUGAAUGGAGUUCUUGGAGUGCUUGUACUCGUACCUGUGGUGUUGGUGAAACUCAAAGAUUAAGAAAAAUUAUUGUUAAACCAAGACGUACUGGUGCACCUUGUCCAACUCUUAAAGACAUUAAAUGGUGUGGAAGUAUUAAACCAUGUAAACAGAUAUAAAAAUAAUAAUAUUGUCUAAUUUAAGUCAAUUAUAAUAUACUUGUUGUAAAAUUAUUUUUAAAAGUACAUACAACAAUUGUUUAAUUUACGUGUAAUUGUUUGCCAGUGUAGAGCUUGAUAGG